AUGUCCGCGCCAACGCGAAACGGCGCCGUCUCGAUGAGCUCCGGGAGGUCAUCAAGAGAAAGGGCUGCGGUCGCUCAAGAUUUCUCUACCAUGCCCUCCGCCAAGAACCUCAAGUUCUUCGACCCAUGCGCCGCCACGGCGUCCAUGUUCCUCUAUGCUCAGGGAUCUUCGAUCGUCUGCAGCCACCACGACACCCUGACCAUCGAGCGGAGGUUCUCCCGUCACGCCGACGAGGUUCAAUUGUUGGCCGUGGAUAACCACAGUGAACUGGGCGGCGGUCGUUUUGUCGUGAGCUACGACUCAGGGCAAACGGCCAUUGUAUGGGAUUUGAUGACAGGAGAUGAAGUCUCCCGAUUUGCGUCUUAUGAGCACCUCACUUGUGCGGCUUGGAUGCGAAACGGAAAUGUGGCGUUUGGCAACACGCAAGGAAGUGUCAUUCUAUUCGAGCCCACAACUUCCGAACACAUCUCUUCAAGGACGCUAGAUCAAAUUGCCGUGACAGCAUUGGCACCAUCGGCCGAUUGCCGUACAUUUGCCAUUGGAUAUCAAAAUGGCUCUCUACUUGUCGCAACUCUGCAGCCUCGUUUCACUAUUCUCCACAACCUUACUACAUCAAGAGGGCCGUCACCAAUUGUGACGUUGGCUUGGCAUGCGUCAUCCUCGCGACAAAAAUCCGACAUGCUUGCCGUGCAAACGCACAACGGCGACCUUCGGGUUUGGAGUGUGGCCAAAUUGUUCAACGCUGAAGAUCCUGCCAAGAUCGUCCGCGUUUUACGACGGACUGAGAACUUUCUGAAUGGUCCCAACUGGAUGGGCUGGUCCAAAAACGGCCGCAUAAUCCAAUACUCUGACUCCCAAACACUAUCAUGGGAUGUCAGGACUAAGCAUGUCACCUAUGAUUCCAUCCCCACUCUGGAACAUGUCAGAGGCCUCGCUGUCUACGGCCCUGGUGCCUCCCUGUUUACGCUUGGCCCCAACAACACGGCCCAGCAGUUCGACCUCAACUCCCCUUCCAUCAUAGUGGCAAAUGUCCAGCACCCUGCCAACCUUUUGCCACCUUCACCCCCUGUCUCCGAGGAGACUGGCGACCGGUCGGUCCGCUCGGCCACAACUAUCAACACAUCCGAGUCCGAAAGCAGCUCCAUCCCCCUGGACAUGAAUAUCUCCGAGAGUGAUGAUGACCAUCUAUCGCCAUUUGCCCGCCUUACUCGGAACAACGUUCAGGACUCUGGAGGUGAGGUUUCCUACGAGUCGGCUAGUCCAGUAUCCAGCCGAAGCAACCUAUCGUCUGUCACCAAGUCUUCCGGAGGAUCUCGAACCCCUGGCCGUUAUCCCGGGUCCUUGAGAUCAAAGGGCAUGACUGAGAAUACGUACAUUUCUGCUGGAUCGUCGCUCAAGUCAUCGACAAUUGGUAAGAAAGAAAUGGACAGUUACUCUAUGGGGUACUCCAUGGGAACAACAAGCACAACGUCCUCAACACGGUCCCGACAUAAGCCUUCCCGGUUGAGACAUGAAGUCCCUCGCAGCCCAGACGACAACAAGGUUCAUGAUCUCUUCAAGUAUACGCGGACGCGCCUGAGUGAUAUCCCGUACAAGCACCCAACGGUGCCGAACAACUCUCGUCUCACCAAUGACGACCUCCGCCAUCAGAUGCUCAACACCAUCUUUGGAUGGAACAAGGAGAUUGAUGACCUCAUCCGGGAUGAGAUGAGCCGACAUAUCGCAGGUUCUCCGAGCCGCAUUUUGCUGGCCAAAUGGCUUGGUGAUCUUGAUGCCGAUGUCAUGGCUGCCAGCUCCGAAAACAUGACCUCUCAGGAUUGGAUGUUGUUGGCUUUGAGUGGCAUCGGUGGCCAGGCAUCUCAGCAUAAGAUCGGACGUGCUUACGUUCAGCGUCUGCUCGAGACAGGCGAUGUUCACGCUGCAGUCACUAUCAUGCUCGGUAUGGGUGACCACACUGAUGCUAUUGAGAUUUACAUAUCACACAAGCGAUACAUGGAGGCCCUGAUCCUAACUUGCCUCGCAUUGCCCGGUGUUUGGGAGCGUCAAGCUGCCAUCAUUCGGAAGUGGGGAGAGUGGGCUGUUCAGCAUGGGCAGCAGCAGCUGGCCAUCCGUUGCUUCGCAUGCACCGACCAAGAGUCCACCGAGCCUUGGACUUCUCCGUCUGCUGUGCAACUCAACUUCCAGAGCCUCACGCCUAGCAUCCCGGAGAUUCUCAGCCCUCCCCUAUCCCCUCCCGGUAUCCAGCGAGGGCCACAGCGCAGCAUUGCUAAGACGUCUGCCCUGAAGCUCAUCACCUCGUUUGGCGAUCAAUCACAGAAGUCCAAGUUCUUCUCCCAGGGUGAUGGCGGCAAGACUCCUAUUGCUGCAGGCGCGACUCCCAUCGCCGAGUCUGCCGUUUCUCCUGGACCUUCUCAGGAGGCCACCACUGCAUUUCUGAGACCCUCAAGCAACAGCAGGUUCAACACGCCAACCUCUGCCCGAGGUGCCGGCCCAAGCUUUGGACGUGGUCGCCUUCCCUCCAUCGGCGAGCUUCCAUCUGAUCUCAACCGCGAUCAACUCAAGAAGAAAGCCACCCCUCCUCUUGCCAUGGAGAACCGAUUAGGUCAUACCCGCGCAAUCUCUUCUGGCCAAGACAACAUGAGUGCUGGGAUUGCUCUUCAACGAGCGGCUACUGCAAGCCCGAUGAUGAUGCGAGACGGAUUUCAAAGGCUGGUGCGAGGCCCUGAUGGUGAAAUCCCCCCUUCGCCUGACAAGAACGUUAUGAUGAAGAUGGAAGAAUCUCGAUCGAACCGUCGCAAUGGUUCUCGCGGCCGGAUCCCGGUCGGCGUGGACAUGCAUCUAGAGGCCUGGGACCAGGUGGAGACCAGAGAGGUGACUUCACCCGAGCAGUCUGUCACUUCGUCUACCCGAUUUCACUGGCCUUCUCGUCGUCGUGGCACUGGAUCUGUAGCGAGCUCCGCCACAUCGGCCUCAAGUGCUGGACGUAGCCUACGACAGCAAGCCAGCAGACACCGCGAUGACUACAUUCAUAGCUUGGAUGCUGCACAGCACUAUAAGAAGUCGCGCAGUCGCCCAGGCAGCAGGGACAGAUCUCGUGGCCGCCAAGGUAGCCACGAGAGAUCUACCAAGUCGCGCGAAGUCUCUGAGGAACGUGGCCGUGGCACUUCUCGAACCUGGUCUAAGGCUAAGAGAUCACCUACCUCUCCCGUUCCCAUGUCUCCAGAGGACCUGAUCCAGCUGAGCACCCCCAACCGCACCGAAAUGCCCGACCCUUUGACUAUCAGGAAGUUCAGUGCCCCCAAGGCCAAGCCUGGCAGUCGUACUUCGAGUCGCGGUAGUCGUCGUCGCAGCCCAGAGGGUCGACACAUCCCCCCGGCACUGGAUAUCCGUGGUAGGAGUGAGGACAGAACUGGUUCUGUCCAGCGAUCCCCUUCGUCUCCUCUGCCAAUGUCAGCUCAGGCGCUCCACUACCAGGGCUCAGAGGAUGAGGAGGACUUCAAGGCCGCUAUGGUGGCCCAGGAGCUGUUUCGUGCAAAGCAUAGCCGGAGCUCCAGCCGUGGCCUCAACUCACCUGUGGUGGCCAUGAAAGAACAACCCGAGACUCGCGCCAGAGCCCAGACGGAGGCUGCCGAGACGGUCGGGCUUCCUGCUAUUCACGGACGGGCCGCUUCGACUGAGCAUGCUGGUGACCUGCGACAGAUGAAGGAUGAACGACAACGCAAGAAGGAACAGGCCGCCCGGGAGCUUGAGGAGCGGCGGAAGUCCCUAGCCAAGCGUCCCCAGGCCCCUACCAUUCCUCAUCCUAACCAGCUAUCCCCGGGCCUGAUGCAAUCUAGCGUCGAGGCUGCUGAGCCCCAGGCUCCGUCUGACGAUCUUCCUCCUCGGAGUGCCACGGCGCCUCCUAAGAGCCCGCCCAAGAGCAUGUAUGCCCGGAAUGGCCCGGCCAUCGGGCUGCCCGCGACUCCCAAGGCAAUGAGGCUCAUCAUCGAGACCGAUUACAAGAACGACAAAGGCAACUCGCUACUGCCUGAUGUCCCUCCGAUCCCAGCCACCUUUGCCCAGAGACACUCGCCCCAAGUCUCUCCUGAAAGCCCCCCUAAGGAACACCAGGAGAAUCUGUUGACUCUCCUUCCAUCGACGGUGUACCAGCCGCCUUCGCGACCCGUUAUCCCCAGAAGCUUGUCCGCGCCUAUUCUUGACGAGCCUGGCCCAAGCCGCUUCGGACGCAAGAACAGUAUUGGUGGAGGAUCUCGUCGCAUUGAUGAGGUCGUACACGACGAGCGGCGCCGAUCUCAUGAGGAACAAGUUCCUCCUCCACCGCCUCCGGCUCCCACGCUGUUGAAGGAGCUUCAGCAUUUGGCUACACCUCCUCCCCCUCCUCCUGCACCCCUCCCACACAUGCCGCGACACCAUGAGAUGGGCGCGGUUGGGUCUGGCAUGAUUGAAAUCGUCAUGGACGAUGACGACACGUCGGGCAACGAUGGGCCGGCCCCCGGCGGUAGCCCCCCAACAAUGGCCAGCGUCAAGGGCCACAGCCGAGGCCGCAGCAAUGGAGACAACAGUAUCUCUACUCGCUUCUCCAAGGCAACUGAGCGCCUGCGUUCGGUUAGCCGUAGCCGCAAGGAUGCUCGAGUCAAGUCUCCGCCUUUCGAGGCGCCAUACGAGAGCGUCCCUAUGCCCCGUCGAGUUCAGUCUCCACCUCCUAUGAUGUACGAUCAGGAAACAAUGCGAUCGCCCGUUGAGACAAAGAACAGGCAUAUGUCGACGGGACUGCACCGAAGCGAGAUGAUUUAA